AGGACUGUACUGCACCUCGUAGAUUCACUCCCUUUCGAGAAUCACAAUUGCAUGGCUUGCCUAGCGCUUAAAUGGCUGAAUUUCAUUAAACCCUCCAACAAAGAUUCUUUCCCUGAAGCUUCUUCGAAUUAACCAUUAAUUUUGUCUUCUACAUUAUGUCGAUGGCGUCGAGCAUGAAUACUACUUUUGGGAUGUUGUUCGAUGCUGUGGUCAUCGGGGCAGCGUUAUACGGAGCAUACAUGUAUUUUCGGAAAUAUCAGCAGAGCGACCCUUGGUACCUCAAGUUCUUGGUUUGGUUUAUCCUUAUUUGCGACACCUUACAAGUGGGAAUCCUCACCGCCUGUGUCUAUCAAUAUGUCAUCUUGAACUUCGCAAAUGAAGAUGUACUAGCGGUCAUGCUGAACACCCUUAUCAUUGAGAUCUUUUUCAGCGAUGCCAUUGCGCUAGCAGUGCAGAUAUUCUAUUGCUGGCGAAUUUGGCGUCUGAGUCAAGGAAGUUACAUAGUCGUCAUACCUCUUGUCCUUCUUAGUUGGGCUGCGUUCACAAGUUUGUUCGUGUAUUGUUGCCUAUCGCUGCGAUUCUCCACCUACGCAGAAUUGACCACUCUCAAGAAUCUGUCGAUGUCAUGCAAUAUUCUGGCCGCUGCAUCCGAUAUCUUAAUAUCUACUGCAAUGGUAUUUCUGUUGCAGAGAGCCAAGAAUUCGCACAAGAAGACCAACAGUAUGCUAAAUCGCCUGAUCAUCUUCACCUUCAAUACUGGGCUUCCGGUUAGCUUCUGCGCGCUUUGGGCAUGCAUUUCGAUUAAUGUUUGGCCCACAACAUUCAUUUACAUGUUCUUUUUCCUCCUGCAAGGUAGACUCUACACUAACUCUUUGUUGGUCUCGCUGAACUCUAGAGACUUCAUCAAAAGAGGGAAUGUUCUUACCGAAACGGGCACAAACUAUGUGAUGCCUUCCUUCAUUGAUUCCCCUGAAGAUGCCGAAUUGUCUGACCUCCCAAUUUCGAGGGACUCAAAGGAAUUGCGGUACGACAGACAGAUAUUCAGUUCGCGGACACAAGUAGGAUUGUAUAAGCGAGCGCCGAUUCGAAGUCAUCAGCGAUCAUCCGAGGCCUACCAAGAAAUACAUACAACUUCUCCGUAUAAGUACCCGAAAUUCUUGUGUUUUCAUGUGGAUAGAUAGAUGGUGGCUGUUUUUUUUUGUGUGAAGGGUUUGCGCAAUCCUCGUGGGA